GAACUGAACCACGAGCAUCCUUCCCAUUUUUGACGUGGAACUGGAAGAAACCGCCGAAGGAGAGGCAACAACCAGGCGGAGUCAGCACACCCCAGUCACCCACACGCCAACCCCCGAUCCUCCUUCACCCUUCGCAGUUUCACCGUCGACCACCUGCUUCUCUCACACCAUGUCGUCUGAAGAAACCCAAGUACGCAAGAACAAGCUGUUGAAUCAAGCGCGAUCGGCGUUGGAAGCGCUGCAGAACGAGUUUGGUCACAACGAGAAGCUCCUGUCCACGACGGACACGAACAACUCUGCCGCCAUCGAAGUCCUCGCGAGUCAGAUGAACCACAUCGUCGAAGCAAACACCCACGACAACAACGACGAUCAGAACGCGCCGAUGAAUGGUCAGCAACAACAGCCGCCGCCACCACCACCACCACAACUCGCAUCAUCACCGUCCACGCCGUCGUCCGCCGCCGCGACGGUCGUAGUUCCCUCACCCGUAGCCACCGCCACCGCCACCGUCACCACCACCCCAGGCAGCGAAACAACCAACGACGGCUUUGAAAUGCAGUUCCUUCGCGCCAAAGUCGCGCAGCAAGAAGACACGCUCAAACACUUGCUCCGCAACGAAAGCGUGGUCCACGAACAGAUGCAGCAACUCCAAAACAGCGUGCUGUCGUUGCGCCAGGACCUGUGUCGCGUGCUCGGGCUCGCGGAAACAUCUGCAGCCGCCCCCGCCCACGACGAUCACCUCCAUCAUCCCCUUCCUCAUCCUCCGCGCUACACCACUCCUGGCGGGUACCCAGACAGCGACGACGACGGCUCGUCUGGCGCAUCCACCGCGUCCAGCCCCACGGGAUUCUCUCCGCCCGGACCUGCCAAGAAGCCCUCGUCUUCGAAACGCGUGCGCGGGAUGCCGAAAGGCCCGUCCAAGCAGGCGCUGUUGCAAGCUCAGCAUCGCUUUGGCCACGACCCCGUGGUUUCUGCAGUGCUACUGCAGGCCAACCAGCAACACCAGCAGCAGCUCCACCAGCAGCUCCACCAGCUCCGCCAUGGCCUCGUGGACGACGGCAAGGCCGGCAUCCUCAAGCGCGAAGACAACCAAGAAGGCGAAGACCAUGAAGACGAAAACGACUCGACGGCGUCGCAGUCUCCGCGGCGCAAGCGCUCCAAGCUAACCAUGAUAAACAACAAGCUGGGAAAACGACCGUGGACGGCGCUGGAAGACCAGGAGCUCGCGGUUGCCGUGCAGUCGUCCGGAGCGAGCGACUGGUCCGCUAUCUCGCUGCUGCUGCCAGGUCGGUGCGGCAAGCAGUGCCGCGAGCGAUGGGUCAACCACCUGAGUCCGUCGGUGAACAAGGAGGCGUGGACUGAAGAGGAGGACGACUUGAUCUUCAAGACUCGGGACCGUAUCGGCAACCACUGGGCCGACAUCGCGAGGCUGCUGCCUGGCCGCACGGACAACGCGGUCAAGAACCGGUUCUACUCGACCAUGCGCCGCCGAUUGAGGCAGCAGCGCGCUGGCGUCCGCCAGAAGAACAGCACGGGAAAGGAGUUCUCGGGGGUGGGAGACCCAUAACACGACCAAGACUUGCGGGCCUAACUCAAUAAACAGACACUGGAGAAAGAGAUGGUGUUUUUGGUUUCCCAAG